AUGCAAAUCCAAAAGCUUUUCGGAUCUACCAUUCUGGCCAGCUUGGCAGCUUGCGCCUUAGCUUCGCCUCCUCCCGCGCCUGCUAUCACCGCGGCGCCAAAUCUGGCAAAGCGAGCUACCUCCUGCACUUUCUCGGGAUCAUCCGGUGCAGCGUCAGCCAGUAAAUCGCAGAAGUCUUGCUCCACAAUCAUUCUUUCCAGCGUUGCGGUGCCCUCCGGUACCACUCUGGACCUCAGCGAUCUUGAAGAUGAUACCACGGUCAUCUUCCAGGGGAAGACUACAUGGGGCUAUAAGGAAUGGUCAGGCCCCUUGCUACAGAUCUCCGGUACUGGAAUCACCGUCAAGGGUGACACUGGCGCAUACCUAGAUGGCCAGGGUGCCCUCUGGUGGGAUGGAGAGGGAUCUAAUGGCGGAAAGACCAAGCCCAAGUUUUUCUACGCUCAUGACUUGAUUUCAUCCACGAUCACGGAUCUUUACAUUCAGAACACCCCCGUGCAGGCUGUCAGCGUUAAUGGCUGUGAUGGAUUGACCAUUACGGACAUGACUAUCAACAAUUCUGCUGGCGAUUCUGCUGGUGGCCAUAACACGGACGGUUUUGAUAUUGGAAGCAGUAGCAAUGUGGUUAUUACAGGCGCCAAUGUCUACAACCAAGAUGACUGUGUUGCAGUCAACUCUGGAACGGACAUUACCUUCAGCGGUGGUGUCUGUUCUGGUGGUCAUGGACUAUCCAUUGGUAGCGUUGGUGGACGCUCCGACAACACAGUCGACACAGUGACCUUCACAAACUCAGAGGUCAAGGCCUCUACCAACGGAAUUCGCAUCAAGGCAUCCGCGGGAGACACCGGUACAAUCACAGGCGUUACUUAUUCCGGAAUCACUCUAGAAACCAUCUCCGGCUACGGUAUUCUUAUCGAGCAAAACUACGAUGGCGGUGACCUCAAGGGCGAUCCGACCAGCGGCAUCCCUAUCACUGAUCUCACAGUCAAAAAUAUUGUCGGAACUGGUGCUGUGAGCUCCAGCGGCUACAACGUUGCUAUCGUGUGUGGCUCUGGUGCUUGUUCUGACUGGACCUGGUCCAGCGUCAAGGUCACAGGCGGCAAGACAUAUGGCAGCUGCGAGAACGUCCCCAGUGUUGCUAGCUGUUAA